GCUGGGCUGGAGUGCGGCGGGAAGGGAUUCCCGGUCCAGUGGGCUACGGCGUCGCCUGGCCAAGGUCAGAGGCACCGCAGGAGCCGCUCUCGUCGAACGCAGAAGCGGGUCCCGGCCUCAGGGAGAAAGCCCCAGGACGGCUCGGCGACCGUCCUCAGUGCCUGCAGUGCCCGGGAGGGAGACGUGGGAACAGACGCCCAGAAGCCUCAGUGGGGAACACCUGGGCUCUUGGGGAGCUGUCCACGUCUCUUGGUUCUGAACCUAAGCACACGAUCAAGCGGCCUGUUCCUGAGCCUUCAGUAAAUAGACGCCCCCAUUACUCCAGUCAAGGGAUUUAAGCCCGAGAGCUGUAACAGCAUCCUGGCAGCUGGUCCUGAUGUAAGAGGACCCCCCCCCGCGCGCACAGCGACCAGCGGAGGCGCUAGUGCUGAUUCAUCCCGCAGAGCGUCUCGGAAGCCAGGACAGCCGGCCAGCUGCGGACUCUGGACGCACCUUGAAGACACCGGUGCAGGAAUCUCCCUGGAGAAGGUGAGGACCCUCUCCCUUCUUACCCCAGACUGUCUCAAGGCGGUGGCUCUAGGAGGGAGAAGGGCGUGUCCCAGGGCUGCGAAACACCCAUGCCCCUGAGUGGGCCCCGCCUCCUGUGUCACGGGUGCUAACCGCGCUCAGCCCGCUGCUCGCCGCCCUCAGAGCUCGGCCAUCGCGGCCUCCGCCCUGAGCACAGGGCAGCCGGCGCGGCUAUGGAGGAAGAGCUCAAGUGCCCGGUGUGUGGCUCCCUGUUCCGGGAGCCCAUCAUCUUGCCCUGUUCACACAAUGUCUGCCUGCCUUGCGCCCGCACCAUCGCAGUACAGACUCCUGACGGUGAGCAGCACCUGCCCCCUCCGCUCCUGCACUCCCGGGGCUCCGGGCUGCCCACCAGCUCAGCAGCCGCCGCGCCCCCUCCCGACCAGGAGGCUGCGGUGGGCCGGGCCUUUGGCGGAGGUGGCAGCAGCGCGACAGGAGGAUGCCCUGGAGGCGGUGCGGGAGGGGUCGGCGACCACGCAGACAAGCUGAGCCUGUACAGCGAGACCGACAGCGGCUAUGGCUCCUAUACACCGAGCCUCAAGUCCCCCAACGGGGUUCGCGUACUGCCCAUGGUGCCAGCGCCCCCUGGCUCCUCGGCCGCCGCUGCUCGGGGUGCCGCCUGCUCCUCUCUCUCUUCGUGCUCUUCAAGCUCCAUCACGUGCCCACAAUGCCACCGCAGCGCCUCUCUGGACCACCGCGGCCUGAGAGGUUUCCAGCGCAACCGACUGCUCGAAGCCAUAGUGCAGCGCUACCAGCAGGGCCGCGGGGUCGGGCAGGGGGCAUCGGCAGUCCCAGAGAUGGCCAUCUGCCAGCUGUGCGACCGCACCCCACCCGAGCCGGCAGCCAAGCUCUGCGAGCAGUGCGACGUGCUGUACUGCGCUGCCUGCCAGCUUAAGUGCCAUCCGUCCCGGGGACCCUUUGCUAAGCAUCGGCUGGUGCAGCCCCCGGGGCCACUGGGGCCAGCCGAGACCCGUUGCGCAUCCCCAAGUGCGACCCAGGGCGCCCCCAGCGGAGGAGGCAGCUAUAAGAGCCCAGGGGGCGCUGGGGUUGGUUCGUCAGGGGGCAGCUCAGCCCGCAAGUUUCCUACUUGCCCAGAACACGAAAUGGAGAACUACAGCAUGUACUGCGUGAACUGCCGAACCCCGGUGUGCUAUCUGUGUCUGGAGGAGGGUAGGCACGGCAACCACGACGUGAAGCCGCUUGGGGCCAUGUGGAAACAGCACAAGGCUCAACUGUCUCAGGCCUUAAAUGGAGUUUCUGAUAAGGCAAAAGAAGCUAAGGAGUUUCUGGUUCAACUGAAGAACAUUUUGCAGCAGAUCCAGGAAAAUGGACUGGACUAUGAAGCUUGCCUGGUUGCUCAGUGUGAUGCUCUGGUUGAUGCUUUAACUCGGCAGAAGGCCAAGCUGCUCACCAAGGUUACUAAAGAGAGGGAACACAAGUUGAAGAUGGUUUGGGACCAGAUCAAUCAUUGCACAAUGAAGCUGAGGCAGUCAACUGGGCUGAUGGAGUACUGUCUGGAAGUGAUCAAGGAAAAUGACCCCUCUGGCUUCUUACAGAUUUCAGAUGCUUUGAUCAAGCGUGUCCAGGUGUCUCAGGAGCAGUGGGUGAAAGGUGCCCUGGAGCCCAAAGUGUCCGCGGAGUUUGACCUGACCUUGGAUAGUGAGCCUCUGCUACAAGCUAUCCACCAGCUGGACUUCAUUCAGAUGAAAUGUAGGGUGCCACCCAUACCCUUGCUGCAACUGGAGAAGUGCUGCACAAGAAAUAACAGUGUCACGCUGGCCUGGAGGAUGCCACCCUUCACUCAUAGCCCAGUAGAUGGCUACAUUCUGGAGCUAGAUGACGGCAAUGGAGGACAGUUCCGGGAAGUAUAUGUUGGCAAGGAGACUCUAUGUACUAUUGAUGGACUUCAUUUCAACAGCACCUAUAAUGCCAGAGUUAAGGCUUUCAACUCAUCUGGAGUGGGGCCCUACAGUAAAACUGUUGUUCUGCAGACAUCUGAUGUGGCCUGGUUCACAUUUGACCCCAACUCUGGGCACCGGGAUAUUAUUUUAUCCAAUGACAACCAGACAGCCACCUGCAGCAGCUAUGAUGAUCGAGUAGUGUUGGGCACAGCUGCAUUCUCCAAGGGUGUGCACUACUGGGAGCUGCAUGUGGACCGUUAUGACAACCACCCAGACCCUGCCUUUGGGGUAGCCAGGGCCAGCGUGGUCAAGGAUAUGAUGCUAGGCAAGGAUGACAAAGCCUGGGCUAUGUACGUGGACAACAACCGCAGCUGGUUUAUGCACUGCAACUCCCACACCAACAGGACAGAAGGUGGAGUGUGCAAGGGGGCAAUUGUUGGCGUGCUUCUGGAUCUGAAUAAGCAUACUCUGACCUUCUUCAUCAAUGGGCAGCAGCAGGGUCCCACAGCAUUCAGUCACGUGGAUGGGGUCUUCAUGCCAGCCCUCAGUCUCAACCGCAAUGUGCAGGUCACCCUGCACACAGGAUUGGAAGUGCCAACAAACCUAGGGCGGCCAAAACUGUCAGGCAACUAACCUGCCAACUUCAGGUCUCCACUGAUGUCUGGGGAAAACUUCACCAUUAUGAGCAAGCAACCCAUUUGGGCUGGAUGACCAUAUCAUAGGAGCCACCAAUUAUCUUAGGAACACAUUUUUGUUGGGGGACAAAGAGUAGGUCUGCACACCACACUUGCUGAGACCACUGUGGCUGAUGCAGAUAAAUGUGUGUUUCCACUUUGUUCCACCUCAGCACUACAAAUUCUCACCAAGAAGGACCUUUCAUGGGAAUGAGAAAGCAUCUGAGGUUUAUGGCUGUUUCCUGCCACCUGUCUUUAAAUCCUAUCUAUUUUGAAGGGCAAGAGGACACAAACUUAGAGACUAGCAUUGUGAGAGCCGGAGUAAAAUUUCACAUCCCCAUAGUCAACCUUUUGCUGGGAUGCCAUACUUUCAGAAUCUCAGGUUUGCAAGUUCCUAUCCUUGCCAGAAAGAGUUUUGAGGUUUGUUUGUUUUUUGGUCCCAGAGCUUUUGGUAUGUUAUACCAUUUGCAGAUCUAAUGUAGGAUAGAUAGGAAAAGGCACUGAUCACUAUUUUUUUAUCUUUGCCUCUCUCAUUGAACUGUUGAGCAACUUCUAAAAUGACUUCUUUAGCUCCUUCACUAAUCAACUAUUCUGUUUACACUUACACAUAAAUGAACUGUAUACAUAUACACACAAACACAUUUACUAAAAUUUGAUUACUCAAACCUUAGUUCUUAAACACAAAAGAAAACUAACACUUGAAUGACUAUAUGUCUUCACCAUGUGGUGGCUCUUUUCUAGAACUGAUUCUCCAACUGCAAACCUGCCUGGCUCACUCUCCAGCUGUGCAUCAUUUGCAUAUUAAGAUGAACCAUCCUGAGGAAUCCUCAGAGCUGGUUGCCUUUGCUUGGAGACCUAUCCUAAUGUCAUCAUGAAAACAAGAAAUACCUUUUGGCAGGAGUAGUUCUGUUCUAGUGGAAGCAGACAGGACCUCUGAAAAAAGCAGAAACUAGCAAUAUUGUAUUCCUUUUCUCCCAGUUUCCUAUGGAAAGCUUAGAUGUGCUGUAUCUGUUACCAAGACAAAACUCUGGGAGCAUAGUUCCCUCCUUAGUGGGAACACUUACUUUCUCCUUCAAGAUCCAUGUUGAGUCAUUUCCAUCUCUUUGCCUCUUCUCCCUUCUCUUCUCCGAUAUCACUUGCCACCUCCAUCUCCAACUGUAACAAAUCAUUCUCCUUUUUAAAAUAAUCUAUUUUAUCAAGCAUUUUGUUGUCAAGCUUGAGGAGUAACUUGUCUAUUUGCUAGAUUGGAUUUUGUUAAAACUUAGCCUAUAAACCAGCACCAACUGUGUUUGCUUGGUUCUAUUUGUUUAUUUAGAUGCUGCACUUGCUUCCUGAGUCACCUGGGCCAUGUUGUGCAGUCCUUCCUUCAAUCAGCAGAUCCGACAAUCCUACCUCAAAAUUCAUACUCUUAGCCCACAAGGCUGCCUUAGCCAGUUGAGUCCACAGGUGUGGCCAGCUAGAGCAGCUGCCCAGAAUCUUCAGGAGUCCUUGGUGCUGUGUUUAAGGCUCUGUCACCAAGGUCCUGGCAGUUAGAACUAAAGGUCUGCCUCUUUGUCUCAUCAUCACACUAAUGGUUUCCAGAGUGCAUAGAGGCACACCUCAUCCUUCUUGAGAGCUCUGGCCAGAGUUGACCAAGUCAUGCACACACAGAGGCUUUCCUCUGUGCAGCUCUUCUUUGUUCCUCUCAGCUUCAUUCCUUAGCCAUAGCUCCGUGUGCACUUCGCAAGUAAGUGAAGAAGAUUCCUUAGAGUUGGAGAACAUAGGAACCUAAUGCUGAGUGGGAAGCUGUGACUGGCAGUACAGACACAUCUGCUUUGGAAUAUGUCUCAUUGUCUUUUCAGCAAAGAUGAGGCUGGAAUACAAGUGAGAAAGGAAUAUGUCAAGCUACCAUUCUACAACCACCUCUCCUGGCACAAAACAUUUUUCAGGGACAAAAAGUGAGUCUGAGAGAGAAGGUAGGUAUGGGCCACACACCUGUUUUUGAGGAAUCAGCAAAAUGAAGCAAUUCAAUAACUGUCUUAUGUCACCCUCCUAGAAAGAAUUUGAAUUAGAAGUGACAGCUUGGGAAAUUUACAUCACUAUAGAGUUCCCUUUACAACAUAGAGUUACUUUACAACAUUGCAACACUUUGUACAUAAAAUUAUAUCAAGAUGGUGCUUUUGUUGAACUGGCUAAGGAAUAAUUUGUUAAUCUGUUCCAGUGAGAAAGAAAUUUAAAAAAAUUAAAAUAUCUUAUUCUGUUGCAUUGCAUUUGUAAAUAAUGCUUCUGUAACAUAGUUCCAUGGUUUGUUCUUUGCUAGUGAGCCAGUCUGAUAAGUAUGUAUGCUUUUUCUUUAACAAUUACUUUCUUUUAAAAAUAUCCAGUAGUAUCUUACUACAUAGCAUCUUAACUCCUUGUUCAAACAAGAUAAGGUAUUAAUUAUAGCCCUGCUAUCCACCCUCCUCUCUAUCCUGUUUGGAAAAAUAACUGUCCAAAUGGGGGCAGACAUUAAUCACACUGGCUCACAGCAUAACUGGCUUAAAGUCAUAAAACUGUGUAACUCACAUAACUUGUAAAACUUGUAUAACUGUAAAACUCAUCAAUCCUGUGUACCCUGCAAUUUUGACAGCACCAUCAAGGCAUCCCAUGACCCACCCAGGUUGGGGAAAACAACUGUUAAGUUUACCAAGAGAAAUGGGAACAUGUUCAUCUUUCUUGCUCUUAGUACCUUUACCACUGCUCUUAGCAGUUUUACCCCUACGUUCUGCCUACUUGAGCACCCUCAGUAAAAAUUAGAAUACAGGAUCUUCUUAUAGGAACUUUUGCACUUAAGCCUUAACUUUAGCUACUAGAAGUUAAACAUCCUAUGAAGGGAUGUUUCAGCACAGUCAAGUAGGCAAUUCAUCAAAGGAGCAGCCAUCUUGUGGUCAUCUACUGGCUAAGGAAGUGUGGGUGCAUAAAAUCUUUGGAGCAAUUCAAUAUAUGAUUACUGAAAAACACUAUUAUAAGGCCCACAGAUGAUACCAGAAUUUCUCAGCCUCAGACUUUUGACAUUCUGGAAAUGAGUAAUUCUCUGUGACCAGGGGCUAUAUGAUGUUGGGCAGCAUGAUGCUGGGUAGCAUACCUGGCAUUCACCCACUAGAUGGCAGUAGGAUCGCCAGAUUUGCAGUGACAAUUGCAAGUGUCUAGAUAUACUGCAGUCCUCACCCCCCCCCCCACACACACACACAUCUUAGCUGCCUCUUGUUGAGAACCACUAGGUUAUACUAGUGGCUUAUGUGUUAAUAUGCAGAAUGAUGCAUAAGAUAUUCGCUUCACUGUUACAUGAAAAAGUCUAUAUACCACAGGUAGUAGGCCUUCAUCUUAAUGCCCAUGACAAGAUUCUUCUGCAAGCCUGAAAUAUUCUCUGACAGCUGGGGAAGGUAAUUAAAAACAGGAUGUUCUAGGAAUAGAAGCUAACCUAUCAGAUCCCACUUUCUAUGUGCUGAGAGUCCCUGAAACUCCCACUUCCUAGCAAACAAAACUUUUCUGUUGUUAUUUUAAACCAGAGUACUACUCAGCACUGGUUUAUGGUGGUGCUAGGGGUUGAACCUGUAACCUCUGGUGCCUCAGGCAUGAAAAUCUGUUGUGCUACUAAUGGUGCUAUCUCCCCAGCCUGAAAGUAAAACUUCUUAUCUU